CGUUUUAAAUUUGUCGGAGACUCACGGUUGAUUGCACCACGCUACAGUGAUGGACAGUGAUAAGUGCAAUCGGAACACCUCGCCUCCGCGAAUCUAGUUUCGUAGAAAAUGACGAGGGUUUCCAAUUGUGAUAAGAACCGUGGGUCUCCGACGAUGGCUAAACCACCGGGUGAUACCGGAAGUUACGAAUCCGACGGGGAGUAUCUACCCGAAGGGCGUAAGGACAUGGCUGGGACGGGAAACUCGAAAGGGAGCGCAACCUCUUGGAAUAUCGAGGAGGGAAACACAUCAACAUUGCUAUUGGACGAGUUUGCUGACAUGAAUUUAUCUCGACUUCAACUUUCAUCGAAGAAAAGUCUUACACCAAGGAGGCCUUUGUGUUUGUACGUAUUCCUGGUGUUUUAUAUAAGUGGCGCCAUAGGACAGUCAACAUCGCAGUUUCCUAGCCAAAUAUCUCCUUUACUCCAGCUUUUACUCUCUGGUCACAUUACUGUCCGUCCUGUUGAACCUCUGACGUCGAGGCCUGGUAACUCCGAAAUGACAAUUUCACGAGAAGAUACCAUACCAAUAGAUCAGAUUAUAGAGGACGCCGAAGAUUCCGAAAUGGCUAUGGCGAUCGAGCCGUCCUUUUCACGGGAUCAAGCUGCCAUCAAAAUGGAGGGGGAUAUCAUGAUGCCUAUUGAACAGUUUACAGACCUGCAAAGAAACAUCACAAUAGGUUUGAUUCAGGAAACCAUGGAAAUGUUCUCGCAUAUUCGUAGUCAUAAUCAAGCCUUACAUACAGUAAUGAAUGCCAUGGGUGUAGCCACGCUUCCUGUUCAAUCACCCUCGCGUUCAAAGAGAGCCGCAAGACGAGACAUCAAGCGUUUAUGGCCUAAUGGAGUUAUGCCGAUCCGGAUCGCUGGUUCUGGAUUUACAGGCUCACACAGGAGAAACAUCCAGCAAGCUAUGAACCGUAUUUCAGAAGCAACCUGUAUAUGUUUUCGAACGAUAGGCAACAAAGAGGUUAACAGAGGGAUACCUCACGUGCGAAUCAUUAACGGAAACGGAUGUAGUUCAUUCAUCGGGGUAUCGUCGAGAUCCCGAGGAAGGCAGAGAUCCCAGGACCUGCAACUUAGGACCAGUUGCAGAAUUUUCCGAGUGGCCACGCACGAGAUACUCCACGCGUUAGGAUUGUACCACGAGCAAUCUAGACCGGACAGAAACAAAUAUGUGAAAGUGAAUUUUAAUAACAUUCGCAGAGGAAAUGAACACAAUUUCAACCGAUUCAGUGACUUGACGAUCGACUCCAGAGGUGUUCCGUAUGACUACGAGAGUAUAAUGCAUUACAGCAAUAGGGCAUUUAGUCAAGGCAGAUCUAUAACUCUUGAACCAAUUCCGAAUGAAAACCGGAAGAAGUAUUUGAACACAAUCGGAAAGGCAACUGAGAUGAGCAAUGGCGAUAUAGAAAUACUUCGGAAGAUGUAUAACUGCCCUUCGGAACCCUCCACAACGCCAUCGUGUGCUGACUAUCCUUACCGAUUUGCACGUUGAUGAAACAAGAUUUUUUUAUGUUUUACGUGUAUCUCAGUGACCACACUGAAUAAAUGUAUAUUGGCCUGCGA